AUGUCUUCUUCACUGUUACGUUCCGCCAGCCCCAACGUUCGCAUAAACGACGAGAUCUGGGACAUGAUCUUUCCCGACGCAAAGACCACAAAGAACCAGAAGGCCGCCGGAGACACCGCUCAGUCCCCCGACCCGAUCACUGCUAAAGACAUCGACAUCAGAGACUGGCCCUUCACAGACCGCAAGAAACUCGAGUCCGAGGAUAACCGUAUCAAAGUCUUCAUCGAUGCUGAGCUCAUUACAACAAUCUCGAAACCACUAUUCCGCGCGACUUCAACAACAGCCAGCGAAAUGCUUGUAGAUGAUACGGUCAUGCUACCCGCAGCUAUUGACAAGGAUGCGGUAUUUCAACUCGUCAAUUACUUCGAGGACGUCAUCUCAAACUCCAGCGAACCCCUGCCUCUCCCACUUAGCCUACCAUUAACCGCAACCCUGAGUAUGUGCGCCGCUGCGGCGGCGCUCGGGAUGGACAAGUAUGUCGACAACCUAUACAAAGAGUGCGAAGACCUCUUAAAAACAUGCCAACCCUCGUGGGCGACUAUCGAAGCCAUCACUUCAUAUGCGACAACGACACCGCGUUUCUCCCGCCUCUUCCGCAUCAUGAUAGCCGGCCUCGCUACACGCGUUUGGAACGAAACGGCCUCCAACGUUGAAGUCUUCCAGAUCCAGUUAAAUCCUGUCCUUGAAAAUUCGGUCAAGAGGGCGAAUGAGAAAUACGGGACCCUUUCUCAAAGAAGGAAGAUGUAUGAGAGACAUGAGCGCUUUUCAGCCAGAAUGGUGGCAGCUGGGUAUGGAGAGUGGGAUUGGGGGCGGAAGGUGGUUGGGAAGACAGAUGAGGCGGGGGUUGAGUGGGAUGAGUAUCAUGGGCCUGCUAGGAGAUCACAUGUAUGA